CGUACCUUACCUAUCUGGUACCCCAUCGGUCUACGUCCUGUACGUGGACAGAAUCCCAAUUCCGAUCUGCUAGGGAGUUCUCGACAACAUGCUUACGGUAGGAUGGCGCCACCGCAAUGGGACCUGCGGAGCAAAAGAAAGGCAGGAAGCAAGCAAAAGUAUCAGAGGCAGUGAUGAAAAAGGGGCCGAAGAAGUCAAUGACGACAACAACAUCUACCUGUGAACAAAGAAAGAAAGCAAGAAGAAAAAGAAGAAGAAGAAGAAGAAAAGAUAACCAGCGACUCAACUACUGUACAGUGCUAGAUAACCAUCCUCGCAACCAAAGACAAUACAGUUUCUAUCUGGUGAGGCGCAGUCCGGGCUCAAACCCAGACACCAAUUUUAAAGUCGCAGCAAGCACGGCAGACCAGAAAGCAAACUCGAUGUUUAUUCGGCACAGAUCCAGUCACUAGCUGCAUGACAAACGCGAUUGAUCCUUGUUCUGAAACCGCAUCCUGGGGGCCGCGAUCCUCGGUGCCAAUUCCCUCGACCUGACCCGACUAGAGUCGGUAAGGAUGGUUUUUUUGGGGGGAUGGUUGUUUUUCUUUUGUUU